AAUCUCUGCCGCCAACACUGUACUUUUGUCACGUGUCCCUGCGCUUACCUGUUUCGUUCUUGAUUUGAUUGCUCCGGCUCCAGGUGUACCGCGAGUUGUGGCUGCGCUUCCGUAACAUUUUUUUGAGCGCGUAAACUUAAGCUGAAAUUCACGUAGCGCUACAAGUGACUUUUUUGUGCCCUGCCCUCGGUUUCGGGCGCUUCUUCGCCGUUCCUAUCAGUCCCGCUAGCUAAGCUUAAUUGAAGAUGAAGUCGCCGUUGGUUCGAUUGAUCAUCUUCCACAGUUGUUCUCUACUGCUAGCGACUCGCGCGUGGGCAUCGGACGACGAGAAACUGGAAUUACCGACGGUGUUCAUCGCUGUCAUUGCAAGAAACAAGGCACACGUGCUUCCGCACUUCUUCGGGUACUUGGAGCAACAAAACUAUCCGAAAUCUAGGAUCAGUUUGUGGAUAUACACGGAUCACAACAGCGACGACACCGAGGACAUCCUGGAAGCCUGGGCGGAGGCAAAGUCUGACGAUUACCACAAUGUGAACCUGACAAGAGAGGAAAGUGACGCCUUCUAUGCCGAUGAAAAUGGUGUGCAGAAGUGGACGGCUGAACGCUACUGGCAUGUGAUCCGGUUGCGUGAAGAGGCCCUCAACCUAGCACGCUCCCUCUGGGCCGAUUUUAUCCUGUUUCUAGAUUGUGAUGCUCUUCUCACCAGUCCAAAGACCAUACUGGACCUCGUCAAAGCCAACAAAACUGUGGUUGCACCCAUGCUGGACUCACGCAGCGCUUACUCCAAUUUUUGGUGUGGGAUGACCGAAAAGGGCUACUAUCUACGGACAGACGACUACAUGCCCAUCCUGGAAAGAGAGAGGGUGGGAACCUUCUCGGUGAUCAUGGUCCAUUCGGCCACGCUCGUGAACCUCAACCACGCGGACUCUCGCAAGCUCACCUUUGACCCUGCAAGACUGGAAGGCUACUCGGGGCCUCAGGACGACAUUAUCACCUUUGCUUACUCGGCCAAGUUUGCAGGCGUCGAAAUGUUUGUCACAAACCAAGACCAUUAUGGGCACAUUCUCGCCUCGACAGAGUCCCCAGCUCAUGAAAUACAAGAGCUGCUUAAUUUAAAGCUGGAAGUCACAGUCGACGGAGAGCCUCUUCAUGUGUCCCCAGCACUUGUUUCAUUUGUGAAGCCUGCCAGCAAAGACACACUUGGAUUCGACCAGGUUUACCUCAUCAAUCUGGAACGGAGACAGCAGCGACGAGAGCGCAUGGAGUACUGCUUUCAGGAAUUGGGGGUCGCCUUCAAGGCCACACAUGCCGUCGACGGAAAGUCUUUGAACGAGAGCUACAUUGCAGAACAUGGGAUUCAGAUGCUACCAGAGUAUGCGGACCCUUAUCACAACAGGCCCAUCACUGCUGGGGAGAUUGGCUGCUUCAUGAGCCACUACAAUAUCUGGAAAGACAUGGUCGAGAACCAGCACCGCACUGCCAUCGUGUUUGAGGACGACAUCCGUUUCGAGCCCUACUUCCGUUCAAAGCUGUCUGCGCUGCUGACAGAAGUUCGUCAUCUGGACUGGGAUCUCAUCUACCUGGGCCGGAAGAGGCUGUCCGGUGCCAACGAGCCGUUUGUGAAGGGCAGCCAGAGCGUGGUGCACGUGGACUACUCGUACUGGACCCUCUGCUACGCGCUCACGCUUGCCGGGGCCCGCAAGCUGCUCGACGCCCAGCCGCUGUCCAAGAUGGUGCCCGUGGACGAGUACCUGCCCAUCAUGUUCGACAAGCACCCCGAGGCAACCUGGACGGCUCACUUUCCGAACCGGGACCUCAAGGCGUUCUCGGUGUACCCGCUGCUCGUCUAUCCCACGCAUUACACGGGGGAGGAGAACUACAUCAGCGACACGGAAGACUCCGUGGUCGUCGAUGCCCUCGCUGCGGAGGAGGCCAAGGAUGAUCUGUCGAAAGCAGCGCCUUUGCCGCCUGUGGUCACGAACAAGGACGAACUCUAAUUUGCGGCACACUCCUUGUGAACUGAUUUUUGUUUUGUUUUUUUGGCAGCUACGUCAGAGUUGUCACAUUCGUUUGACAACAGAACGAUAACACGCUGCCAUUCUUGGGUCCACGCUUUAGUCGAAGUUUAAGCUAUUGACACACUCAUAUAUCUUUGACGUCAUUCUGCGGCGAUGGCACUUUUCAGACGUUGCGCUCGCUAAUUGUGGGAAUUCAGCUCGCUCUUUCGUUAAAACUUAGCUCUUCGCACAUGUGCAGUUACCAGAGUCAUCACGUGGCUACUCGCACAUUCGUCAGCAGUGACUUGGUUUACGGAUCAUUUAUAGCGACAAUGCGUUUUCUUUGCGUGCCGUCAGGGGCCUUCUGUCUAGCGUAGUGAUGCCGAGGCAGGAAAACGUUUUAAAUACGUAAUAAAUAUGAAAUCGUUAAGCUAUUCGCCUUCUCAAGAGAAAAUAUGGCUUUUUUGUAUUAAUAUGUCGAGCUGCUGAAUAUGUUCUAUAGCUACAGCAUAGUACACUGAUCGAGAGAGCCGUGCCAUUUGUACUUUGAGAAAAAUGCCGGCUUAAUCUUUUUUUCGACUUGUCGGUCCAACUUUUGCCGCUUUGGACAGGAAAUCACGGUAAUGUUCCAAGUGUACUUUGAAACCCAAAUCCCGUAGUUUCCUAUCUCGGGCGUGUAACGAUGGUUGAAAUAAUGUUAGGCUCCAUAUCCCGAAUGUCCCGAUCCGGCGGUGCCGAGCGACGGCCGUUAAAACUUAAUUAACAACAUAACAAAGAAGAAAUGUGCGCCCCAGGGCGAUUCCUUUCUUAAUUUGCUUACGCCUAUACACUGGAGCAGACGAUAAAGCCCCCUGGAUAUAUUAUCUUUUUCCCUCGUGAUUUAUUUUUUAAAGUUAUUACUCGUAUAAUGAAGGAAACAUCUUAAUUUUUUUUUUAUUAGUAUCUCGCACUCUGUUUUUUGUAUUAGUUAAAUUUAGUUUUAUUUUUACUACGGCAGUAAUCGAAAAUUGCUUUCUGCUAAUGAAAAAGAGGGUCGUCUUGUAAGUUUUUUUCUUAUUAUUUUCUUUACAAAUUCAUCAUACCCAGAGGCGACGGGGGCUAUGCUGGCUUCCCCCUGACUUGUCGAUCAAUAUGACUGCGGGCGCUGCGGGGCAUCCAAUGGAGAUUUGAGGACUGUGAUUGGCUAGAAGAUGAAGAAGCGGAUAAGCUGGGCGCGCGUGAUUGCGUGGCUCUUCUCGAAUCAGUGCACUACUGUCCCAUUCGUGCAAAUGCCGCCGCUGAGCAUAUCGCAUAGGCAUUUUUCCAGGCAACGUGUUGAAAGUGACGUCGGACCAAACAAAUGUAAUUGCUGUCGUCGCUUACCUAUAGCGAGGCGAUGGACCGACGGCGUCGAGUUGACCGGUGAAACAGCGCCUCGCUAUGGUCCUCACUCAACUGCAUCCCGCUAAUGACAGCUUCGUUCAUGUUAAACUCGAGGUAUAUACGGAGGUGGCUGGCGGUGGGGCCGCGUAUUCCAAGUGGCCGGACAAAAUAAACGGGAUAACGCGGCCCUAUCUAUAGUUACUCUUAUCUGCACCUUUGACAGCUAUUUCCUUGGCAGCUUUAACAGUCGACCACUUUUACGCACCGAGUACCUUCGCUCAAAUCAUGGCAGGCAUUUGUUCACUUGUAUAGAAAAGGGUUGCGCAUGCAGAAUGGCGUAAACUGAUGCCUUUUGCUUUGAUUACCUCUUUUCCUUUUUUUUUUCACAUUUCUGGCGUUGCUUUGUAAGAUUGUGUCAUGGUGUUCCUUAUUAUACAUGUAUGUUUUUUUUAGGGCUGGUGUUACUUUCUCUUGAACAAAUUUUUUUUUAUUUUUCAUAAUGAACAACAAUUCGAGAAGAAGAAAAAACUGCAAUCAGCCAUUUUGUUUACGACUAGUCUUCAACUGUUUCGGUGUCUGUGCCUCCAACAGCGAUCAAGCGAACUCUUAUGAUAAGCUUUGUAGCGAGCUUUCAGAAGGUUUGGGAUUUAAUGUCAUCGCACAAAUCAUUAAUUGCAUACAGCUAUUGUCCCUUUUUCUUUUAUUUACGUUUAGGGAGUCAUGUUGAAGAAUCUCGUUUUACGGCAUCUCAUGUUUGGUGUUUCUCUUGCCGCGUCUCGAUUAUUUUGUUGUACACGUGCCAAAUGAUGCUGUAUCCUGAUUUUGUAUUGCAGCUGUAUAUGAUGCCGACAGCUCGUACAAUUUUGUUUAAUGGUAUAAAUCUCCGUUUACAAGUCACUUUCAUGCCUUCGCCUAAAAAGACUUUAGGUAGGUUAAACAAAAUUAACGGAGUCAAAUAUUUAACAACCAAAGACCUGGCGGUAAUUGAGUAGUGUUUUUUCUCUUAUAAUUAUGCUUGAUUAUAAAGCGUUGCUUUGUGGUCUUUGGGGAAAUCCAAACACUGCCAGUGUGUCUGUAUGUUUGGUUUUCUAGUUUGUACGCGUGUGUUAUCGUCCGAUGUUCCUAUCGCAUUGUGCUAGCCUCCUGCUGUGCAUUCACGUAACGACCAACGUGCUGUUUUCAUUAAGUUAUUCGCAAAUGUUUGGAGCACCUACCCUCGCUCUCACUCUGCCUCCCUCCCUCCUUCUCUUGUUACCCUGUGCUCUUGCUGCAAACAGGAAAAAAACUCAUUGUGGUCCUAUUCUUUUCUUAGGUCAUUUAAAAAGGAAGCUUCGCCGUUUCUGUAUUUCUUUUGUAGUUUCGUCUGCCCUGGUUCCGUUUCGCGUUUUAUGUUUGUCUGCCUGCACUGUUUUAUGUGACGAAGAUUGCCGGUUGCUAGUUAUUUUCACUACAGUUGCUAGUCAGUCUUUAACUCUUUUAUUAUUGUGUUUGCUUGGGUUUAUGUUCCCCUUUAUCUUACGUGAGAAUAAAAUGCGAAAUCGA